UCCCACGAACGCCUUCCCCCUGGACAGUGUGAACAUGUUGUGCGGGUUGUCGUUUGUUGUCGUGGUUUUAGCGACCUCUGCGGCGGCGUCAGACUCUCCAAAUAUCGUCAUCAUGCUCAUGGAUGAUAUGGGUUGGGGUGACCUGGGGAGUAACGGGGAGCCCAGCAGGGAGACGCCCCACCUCGACCAGCUAGCACGGGAGGGCCUGACAGCUACCUCCAUGUACACAGCAGCGCCCCUCUGUUCCCCCUCCCGCGCCGCCCUCCUCACUGGUCGACUGCCCAUCCGGAACGGCUUUUACUCCAACAACACUCAUGGACGGAAUGCCUACACGCCCCAGAACAUAGUGGGCGGCAUCUCGGCCAGUGAGGUGUUGUUACCCGAGCUGUUGAAGACCCGUGGUUACACCUCUGGCCUGAUCGGGAAGUGGCACCUGGGUCAUCGGACACCUUACCUGCCCCUGGAACGUGGGUUUGACUACUGGUUCGGAUCUCCUAACUGUCACUUCGGUCCCUACAGUGACGUCACCACGCCCAACAUUCCCGUUUUCCGCAACGCUUCUAUGAUCGGCAGAUACUACAAGGACUUUGCCAUCGACCGAGCAACAGGAGUGUCCAACAUGACCAAGAUGUUCACGGAGGAAGCGGUGGCCUUUAUCCAGCGCCAGGCGAGGGAGGGACCUUUUUUCCUGCUGUGGGCCCCAGACGCCACCCACGCCCCAACCUACGCCUCCCUAAAGUUCCACGGCACCAGCAGGAGAGGUCGGUACGGGGACGCGGUGAGGGAGCUGGAUGCUGGGGUGGGCGCUAUAGUAAACGCCCUCAGGGACGCCAACGUGGACAACAACACCCUGGUGGUCUUCACUUCAGACAACGGCGCCGCCCUCGUCAGUAAGGAGGAAGGAGGCAGCAACGGUCCGUUCCUGUGUGGUAAACAGACAACGUUUGAGGGUGGCAUGAGGGCUCCUGGCAUCUUCUGGUGGCCAGGUGUUAUAGCCCCGGGCUCUGUGACCCACCAGGUGUGGUCACAAAUGGACUUGUUCUCCACGGCGCUACAGCUGGCGGGGAUCACACCUCCACAUGACCGAGAAAUGGAUGGCCUGCCUCUAGCAGCUUCCCUCUUUCACCCUGACCACGAAUUUUUCAGGCCAAUAUUUCUGUAUCGUGGUGAUCGCUUGAUGGCAGUGCGUCAAGGCUCCUACAAGAUGCAUGUCUGGACCUGGAGCACUCCUACUGACGAGCUGAGACGCGGCAUCAACUUCUGCCCGGGGUCAGAGGUGGCGAACGUGACCACUCCUCAGCCAACAGAUCACAGCAUCGCUCCUGUGCUCUUCAACGUCGUGGUGGACCCUGGCGAGCGCUACCCUAUUUCCACGUGGGCAAUGAGGUGUAAUUCCAUGUUCGCUCAUCGGGCAAAGCUGCGCCGUGGUGAACCUCAGCUCAACUGGUGCGACCCUGCUGUGAUGCACUGGGCACCGCCGGGCUGUGAAGAACUAGGAGAGUGUCUCAAAGUGCCUGCCUCCAACCCUACACUCUGUAAUUGGCCUCAUUAGCCCGUCUCACCCGACCUUCUCAACUUUAGUACCCCCACCACUGUACACCAGUUAAAAACAAGAUUACCCAUUUUGUGUACAAUCACCGAUACAAGCAUAAAAAUAAUUAUUAACCACAAAUAUCGUAGAGUACAGUACAAUAACUAUAAAGUUGACAUCUUAAUAGUUUGAAAUAGUACCCCCUUUAAGUUACAUUUUCUUUGAUACAAUAAUUCAGAUCAUAGAAAAUGUGCAAAUGUAUGCGUACGAUGGACUAUUAUUUACCAACGUAUCAUUCCACUCUAUUGACACCGUGGUAUCUGAUGUAGUUCGAUCUAUUAUAUUAAGAUGUAAGGAUUAGUAGAGAAAAUGUAUUAAACAAUAGGACUCCCAAG